UAGUGCACCAGCUGAUGUCGCCCUAGUCUCGGUGCUCUCGGUGUAAACAAACAUUUAUCAAUUAAUCAACAAUAUUAUCUUACUCUGCCAAUAUUGAGGUAAUAAAAUAUUGUUGACGUUUGUCGUCUCGGGAAUAUGAAUAAUACUAAGAGAACGAUUUAUGUGGGUGGUCUUGCUGAGGAGGUGGAUGAGAAAAUUCUCCAUGCUGCAUUCAUUCCAUUCGGUGAAAUAGUUGAUGUUCAGAUACCCCUUGAUUAUGAAUCAGAAAAACACAGGGGUUUCGCUUUUAUUGAAUUUGAAUUGGCUGAGGAUGCAUUGGCCGCGAUUGAUAACAUGAAUGAUUCUGAAUUAUUUGGGAGGACAAUACGAGUUAAUAUUGCCAAGCCCCAGAGGAUAAAGGAGGGCUCAUCGAAGCCAGUGUGGGCUGAUGAUAUGUGGCUGCAAGAACAUGCUGGGGAAACCCUCAGCAACGAUGAAGGAGUCAAAUCCGAUGUUCCAGCGACGAUAAAGGAAAAACGUAAUCCCCAGGUUUAUUUCGAUAUAACCGUUGGUAAACACGAGUUGGGGAGGAUAAUCAUGAUGCUGAGAGCGGAUAUAGUCCCCAGAACGGCCGAAAAUUUUCGGUGCUUGUGUACCCACGAAAAAGGAUACGGAUAUCAAGGGAGUACGUUCCAUCGAGUCAUUCCAGACUUUGUAUCCUUUAUUAAAUCAUCAUAUUAAUUUUAUAUCUCAAUUCCAAGAGUUAAUCA